AUGGAGGCUCUUAGAAUACAUAUUAAGGAGAAACACAUUAACGCUGAUUUUAACAGUGCUUUUUAUAAGGUGGUCGAUGAUCUCAAAAUUGAUAUAAGCCAUUUCAAAUGUAACAUAUGCUCGCAAGACAUUGAGAACGUUGACACAUUUAUGAAUCAUUUAUCAGGGGAUCAUGGGAAACCAGUUAAUUUUGAUGUACCUUUCGGUGUGUUACCGUAUAGACAGAAUGAGACUGGUGCUUGGCUGUGCCUUCACUGUGAUAAAAUAUAUCCGGAAUUCUCCCAAAUAAACAGCCAUUUACGAACCCACGCCAAAAUUUCUACUUGCGAUAAGUGCGGGGCGACUUUCCUCUCGGAGCACGGUCUAAAACAACACGAGCGUAAUUUCCAAUGCUAUAAAGCAACAUAUAAACCUCGCUUCGGUAAAGCCUUGAAGCAUAAAUACAAUACUGAAAUUAUUUUACAAUGUUCAACUGCAUGUCCUUUCAGAACGUGGGGACAAAAUUUUAACUGUGUCUUUUGCAGAGUGCAAUCAAAUGAUCCCAAUGGGCUACGAGCUCAUAUGGCAUCUAGACAUGCCAACUUUGACAUACAACUAGUAUUUAGCAGGAAAUUACGAAAGGAAUUUUUAAAAGUCGAUAUAACAGAUUUGCAAUGUAAACUUUGCUUCAUGCACAUUGACACUUUAGAUGAUUUAUUGACACAUCUCAAAAAUGAUCACAAACAACCGGUGAACAUAGACGUCCAACCGGGGGUCUUGCCGUUCAAGUUGAACGACGGCUCUUGUUGGAAAUGUGCUAUAUGCAAAAUACAGUUCUCCGAUUUCAUAUCGUUAAAAAAACACACAGCGGAACACUAUCAGAAUUACGUUUGCGACACAUGUGGGGAGGGUUUCAUCACAGAAGUCGCAUUGCGGGCGCACACGAAAAUACCGCAUGACAAUAAAUACACCUGCAGUAGAUGCGUUGCGACGUUCUCCACGUUAGAAGAGAGAAGUGUUCACAUAAAAACACAACAUACGAACCUACCGUACAUGUGUACUUAUUGCAAGGACAAACCGCGGUUCGCCACCUGGGAGCUCAGGAAGCGGCACUUAUAUGAGAUACACAAUUAUAAAUCAGGGGCGGAAAUGUACGAGUGUACCACCUGUCACAUGAUGUUCAAGACGCGAUCUCAGAAAUAUCACCACAACGUCAAAGUUCAUCGGACAAAAAAGGAAAUAGAUUUCGGUUUCUCUUGCGGCCACUGCGCUAGAGGAAGAAGCAGAGAAACAGAAAAUAUCACUGAUAUAAACAUACUCCAACAGUCACAUCUCGAUACAGAUAAUGACAUUAAGGUUGGAGAGAAACGAAAGUAUCAAAAAAGUGCUAGAUCCCAAGCGAGAUUCAUGACAAAGAAGAACGCAAGCUCUAUUCUCGAAUGCUGGUCUGGAAUACCAUUCAGAUGGAAAAAAAAUAGAUUUAAAUGCGCCUAUUGUGAAGAAAAUUUUAAUGAGUGUUCGGAUCUGAGGGAGCAUGUUAGAUUAUGUGCUACCCAGUACAAUGUAGGCAGUAUAUUCAGUAAAUUUAAAGAAAUGACUCUCAUAAAUAUGGAUGUCAGUGAGGCCGCUUGUCGAAUAUGUUCUGAGCCGUUCAGAGAACUUGAUGGUAUGCGAGAGCACGUCAUUCGACACGGCUACGAAUUAGAUGUUUCGCAUCCGGACGGUGUUAUACCGUUUUGUCUCACGAAAGAAUCCUGGUCGUGUGUCUUAUGUCGCGAGACAUUCAAUAACUUUCUGAAACUUUACGAGCAUAUGAACACGCAUUAUCAGUACCACAUAUGUUCUAUAUGCGGAAAAGGUUACAUGACUGGACCGAGGCUAAGGAAACAUCUAGAAUUACACAUAACGGGAACAUUUCCUUGCGAUAAAUGCAAGAAAGUUUUUACAAAACGCACAGGGAGAGACAAUCACAAAGCCUACGCCCACGCUAAAGGUCCGCGUUAUGAAUGCCCACAGUGUAAUAUGAGAUUUGAAGGUUAUUAUGAUCGAAUGAAUCAUUUGAAACAAGCUCACAGAGAAAAGGAAGUGAAGUACGGCUGUUCACACUGUGAUCUGUCAUUUAAAACGAGCGGCAAGCGAGCCAUCCACGUCAAAACGGUUCACUUUCCUCGUCAGAGUAACUUUAGUUGCCCUUAUUGCAAAACCCUAUUCAAAACAGCCUUCGGUAUGAAACGUCACAUGGUAAAACAUAAUGGAGAAACCUGUACUGUUUGUGGUGAAAGCUUUACUAAAAGUAAAGCAUUGAAGGAACACUUGGCAGGUCACGCUGAUGGACUUCGUUGUAAAUGGUGCGGAAAUAAUUUUAAGGAAGCAGCACUUCUGUCGACACAUACGCGUUCCGCUAAGGCGGACUUGGCAGGUACUGUAGGCGUUAAACCGGUUAGGAAGUUAAAGGAAAAUGUCUGCGCGAGACAAAUGCGCCGUCGGAGACGCGCUAACAACGAACUCCCCGAAGAAUCCGAGAAACGUAUCGCGAAAACUAUGAUGCGCAGAAACGCUUUAACUAUACUAGAAAGUUCUACAGCUUGGGCCUUUCGAGACACGUACAAAUACACCAUCUAA